GACGAAAGCCUCCUGCCCGUUACUGACGAACUUGUGAUGCCAUAUGAGGAUCACAACCGUGUUGAGGUGACUUGGCUGGAAAAGUAGGUGCUGCAGCAUAAGUGGAAGCCUUUACGGAAUAUAUUUUACGUCGCUGUACGUAUUGCUUUACGCAUAGCUUGUUGUGGACUUCGUUGUCGGUAUAAAACAUGGCGUCUAAGGCGUUGGCCAGGCAAAGAGGAAAUGAAGUUAAGAAGGAAGGGCUCGCUCUAUACUUGGAGCGGAUUCGGCAAGGGCCCGAGGCAGAAUGGACUAAGGAUGAGCUGCUGACGUGCGUUCACUGGCAGAAACAAAUCACAGCUGCCAUCCUCGGACUCAUCUGCGGCGUGCUUCCGUUGACGGGGCUCGAGGGCUUUGUAACGUUCCUUGCGCUUCAGCUAGUUUCCACCAUGGUGUUCUACCGAAUGGUCCUCAGGGUAAACGAGGAGGUGCACGGAGGGGCGGCCGAAGCACUGGCAGACGGCUUCCCCACAUUUACAGCGAUCUUCGUGCUCCUCUGGGUGUUGACCUACAACUUGCUUCACGUAACGUCAGCAUCCGCGACGUCAUCAGCGUGAAUCCAAACACGGACUUGGGACCUCCAGAUUAUGGCGCCUGCAGUUUCAAGCGGCCGCUUCUCUGCGGGGCAACUCAGUCCCGCCGCAACUGUCUGCAUCUGGUGUGUCCUACUGGAGUUACUUACACCCCUGAUGCGGCGGCAGCGGUGGUGGCCAUUACGCCGGCUGUGCUGCGCUGCUACAGGAAUCACCGGAAGCGGGCGAUGGUGACAAAGCCCAUCUCCUCCCGUGCGAAAACCCGCACGUCCUCCAGCUUCACCUUGAAGGCUCCUGGCCGCACGUUGCGUAAGAUGGCCCUCCAGCUGUCUAUUACCUGGGGAAACGGCAUGGGGAAUGGGACCCAGGCAAGUAAGGAAGGAAAGGAAGAAAACUGGAUCGGACCCGGAUGA